GAUUUAAGUUUUUUUUAACUGAUCUAGCCCACAUAAUUCUUCCCUGUGCCCGAGGGUUUUAUAACGUUACCCUUGAAAUAUUUAUGGGCAUACCGGAUUCAGUUGGUAACAUUUGCUCUAUAUGCCGAGUUCUGGCAACAGUAGGCCUACAGACCAGUCCCGGACGUACAAGAUGAUCAGCAGCGACACCUACAAGACCAGUCAUUGAAUAACUGAGCAGGCUGCGGACGCCCAUUUGCUCAGCUCAGUGUGGGAACAAGGACAACUGGCAGUCUAACACUAUACCAUGCUAUGUCUACCGGCCUACACAUAUUUACCUUUAUAGCCUGUUUCUCUCAACUCGGAGCAUUCUUAACAUGCCAAGGUCCUUGUAUCGAGGUGCCCGACUACCCUGGCGCCGGCAAUGGCUCAUGCAUGUUUAUCACUAAGGAGCGCCACAACUGGUCCACUUCAAACAGCCUAUGUGCGAGUUACGGUGCACUACCUGUCGUCAUCCCAGAUAGUCGGACUAAUGGCCUCAUUCAUACCGCGUUACGCCGACUCAGCCCUGUAGAGCGGCCAUGGAUCGGUGGUAAUGUGACGUCUCAUCCAUGGGCCUGGGUCACGGAAUCGCCUUUCUACAACCAGACUGGAUGUUGCUCUGGGUUACUAAAUGCCAGUGUUCACCGUAUCCCGGAGGUGACUCCAUCUUUAUGUGUGACGUCAUGUCGGAGUCAUCAAUAUCAAUACGCCUAUGUAAAGGGCGACAUCUGUGGGUGCUCAAAUAUCACGUGCACUGAUCCAGGGUCAAGCACCUGCCAGAUGAUCUGUGAUGGUAAUUGGUCCGCUUUCUGUCCAACAGAUUGGAAUACAUCUGUUGUAGGAUAUGACGUUAAUGAUCGUGUUCAACUUUCGGAUAUUUCUGAUAUGAGUAAUGCGUGUGGCGUCCUUUUGGUCCAAGACGGGAGAUGGAUUAUACAAGCACACAGUUGCAGGGAACAACUGAGAUUUCUCUGUGAAAACGAUUUUGAAGGAAGCUUAUCCCCCAGUACAAACUUGCUGAGUUUCUUCGAUGCCCGGAUGUCUUGUCUGGACAGAGAAUCCGAUCUGUUUGUUAUGGCGGACAAUCAAAGCAAUCUGACUCAACUGGAUGACGGAAGCUACUGGAUAGGGCUGACUCGCUUUUCAGUUAUGUGGUAUCCAGGUGAAACGGUACUGUUUUAUUCCCUACGCGACUUCGACAGUCACUAUAUCGGUGGUUGUUUCUUUGUCAGUCCGAUGGCUAUUCGUGGUCAGUGGUUUGUGGAUAAUUGCACCAGACACAGACAUGCGCUGUGCAUUCAAGUUCCCCACGUGCAGGUCACCCCGGAUCCAGAUUCUGUACCAAAAAACGACAGUAUAGUGUCCACACCUGCUCAAGGCCCUGUUGCAUGGUGUCUGGGUGAGGAGGCAUGCCAGGCUGAGGGCGGACAUCUUGUAGUGAUUCCUGACCAGCACAUCGAGUCUCAUGUCUUCAAAGAAGUUCACGGAGACGUGUGGAUAGGUGGACGGAUUUACCGCCAACCUUGGACCACCGUAACAGAUCGGCGUCUGUAUAAGUAUUCCGGCUGCUGCUUCUUUGUGCAUACAGAUGAAAGUAAGAUGUUUCAAACUGACCCGAACUGUGCGGCUAUCUGUGUGCCAAUGUGUGGACAACACGGAUUUCUGUACGCUUACCUGAAGUCUGACAAAUGUGCGUGCUCUAACAAAACAUGUUCGGAGGACUACAUUGGGGUGUGUCCAGAUAAGUGCCCAAACCUAGAGAAGUUGGAGGAGACUUGUGGAAACUAUCAGGAAGACUUCUAUACAGUAUACGAAACCAUUGAACUGGAUUUGCCGCCAUGGAAGCUAGAAGAUCUACAAACUGUUCACCAUUGUGCUGCGCUUGAAAUUCAACGAUCUGCAGCUCGUAUGAGAUCGUGGGGCUGUGGUAAGAAGUUCAAGUAUCUGUGCUCAACUAACAGUACCGAUUCCGACUAUAUAACAAUUCACGAGGAAGAGGUGUCCUGGUUGAAAGCUCGACAACACUGUGUUGAGAAGGGAGGGGAUCUGGCCAUGGUCGGACAGUACAGUCCGCUGUUAAAUAAUCUUACAGAUGGAUUGUAUUGGAUAGGAGUCUCUCAAUUCAAACUUACCUGGCACACAGGAGAGACGAUGGUGUAUAACGGUUUAGACAGUUUUGAUGACUCAUACAUACCAGGCUGUGUGAAACUUAGCCCUCUUCCUCCAUACUGGAACGUCGAGUUUUGCGACCAGGAUUUGAAACCGUUGUGUUUUAAAGCACCACCUCAAACUACCACACCAUCGCCCCAGGACACUAGCAGCUCACCAGCACAUACUCAGACCCCCACAGGAUUGCCUCAGGAAACUAGUCCAAAUACCGACGCGCCGACUUCCCAUUUUACUGAAAAGACGACAAGCAGUUCGCCAGAUGUCAGCUCUGUACCCACCACCACAUCGCUCCCUUCCGACUGCCAAGUCAAGCUGAUCAUAGGGUGUACAGUGCCUGUUGUGUUGAUGGUGGUAUUUGGGACAUUACUCGUCUACUGUGUUUUCAAAAAGCGCAACAACUACGUCAUUCGACAUGAUAUGAAGGAUCUGUCAUCUCCGAUAUUAAACGGAAACUCAGCGACAACAUUAAACACUGCUCUUUGAGACAAUGGCGAACAACGAUUUGUUCACUCAGGAUAGCAUGGGAGAGAGCUAGUAGUGCUUCGUUGUAUUCUGUCCACUAGAUUCAUGAGCGUGAUGAACUGAUCAGUUUUGCACAGGAAAUUAGGCUGCUACAAGUUAAUGAAGUUGUUGGACUCGCUUCGGUUCGGUCAAGCCCAGGUAGACGGCAACAUAUGUGAAUUUUGUACUUAUAUUCAAAAGUCUAGCUUUUCUCUCACCAGCAAUACUGAGUGACAAAUUUUGUGCAUAAUGUGACCACGCCUGUUCUUGUACCAUCUGCCUGCUGGAGUUCUGCAUCUGUCUUGCCCGGUUCACGUAAAUGUGGAGGUAGAGAAGG